ACAAUACGUCUGAUAACUACCAAAUUAUAGUCAAAUUUUGUAUAAAAGGAACUGAAUUUCUAUGAGGGCCGAGUAGUUCUACCAGAGGAAAGAUCGUGUAAGGGUCGAUUACAAUGGGCGACAAGGACAAACUUAUUAACGAAGAAAGUAUUGAGGAAGGCUCCUCUACUUCGAUUCCAAAGAAAGUGGCUAAGAAAGUAGUUAAGUCGCAACUGCCUUGGUAUUUCGGCACAGGCUCCCUGCUGUUCUGGGGCCUACUUUUCUUUUCUAUUGUGGUACCACUAUUCUACCGCCUGCCCACUCCUUUGACCAUCAAUGACUCAAACAAGGGUGUCUUUAUUGCUGAACGAGCCUACAAUACCCUUUCUGGCUUUGCCAGUAUUGGUACAAAAGUGGUUGGUAGUCAAGGAAACGAGGUGGAUACCGUGCAGUACCUGUUAAACCAGUUGGCCAUAAUCAAAGAGGAAAUUUUGGAUGACUUCUUCGAUUUGGAAAUUGAAGUACAGAAACCGACAGGGGAAUAUAUUUACAUGACAAUUGUGAAUCGGUAUCAGAGUAUUCAGAAUAUUGUUGUUAAACUGAGUCCCAAGAACUCGACAAGCGAAACCUAUCUCCUAGUCAACAGUCAUUUUGAUUCCCAGCCAACGAGUCCUUCCGUAGGAGAUGCUGGCCAUAUGAUUGUAUCGAUUCUAGAAGUCCUAAGAGUUAUUGGUUCGACAAGACAGACAUUCACUCAUCCCAUCGUUUUCCUGCUGAACGGAGCUGAGGAGAACCCAUUGCAGGGUUCCCAUGGAUUUAUUACCCAACACAAAUGGGCACCGUUCUGCAAAGCCGUCAUUAAUUUGGAUGCAGCUGGUAGUGGUGGUCGCGAAAUUCUCUUCCAGACAGGUCCUGACAGUCCCUGGUUAGUUGAUUAUUAUAAAAAAAAUGCUAAAUAUCCAUUUGCCACUACUAUGGCAGAAGAACUUUUCCAAACUGGUUUGCUACCCUCUGAUACCGACUUUCAAAUCUUUAACGCUUAUGGCUCUCUAGUUGGUUUCGAUAUUGCCCAAGUUAUCAAUGGUUAUGUUUACCAUACCCUAAACGAUCGCAUUGAUGUGAUUCCUCUAGGAGCUCUGCAAAACACUGGUGACAAUCUGCUCAGCCUAGUUCGUGCUCUUUCUAAUGCCACAGAACUGUUUAAUCCUGAGGCCUAUGAAACUGGACAUGCUAUUUUCUUUGAUGUCCUCGGACUGUUUUUCGUGUCCUACUCGGCUACCAACGCUGUCUAUUUCAAUUAUGCCGUAGCUGCAGCUACUAUCCUUCUUGUCUUCCUUUCUCUGUGGCGCAUUGCUGUCAAAUCAAACAUCACCCUGGAGUCUGCCUUGCUGUGGGGUAUCGUCGUGCUGGUUAUUCAAGUCAUAGGAUUUGUCCUCGGAGUGGCUCUGCCCAUUGUGGUGGCCUAUGUCAUGGACAAAUAUGGCCUAUCCCUUUCGUACUUCAGCCACCCCAUCCUACUGAUUGGUCUAUAUGUCUGCCCCAGUCUUCUUGGAUUGAGUUUGCCCGCCUACAUUUACUUCAAACUCCAACGUAAUCCCAAAAUUCCCUAUCCGUCUCAAAUUCAAUUGGCUUUGCAUGGCUAUGCUGUUGUACUAGCCGUUCUGGCCAUUGCUCUCAAUUACUAUGGACUGCGUACAACUUAUGUUUUCACCUGGACUCUGAUCUUCUAUGUCAUUCCUUUGGCAUUGAAUCUACUGCUUACCUUGCAAGAUCGCGGCUACGCCUGGACUGCACUGCUUAAGAUCGCCCAAGUCUUCCCCUUCUUGUACAACAGCUACCUUUUCUACACAUUCAUUGCUGCACUAACUCCAAUGAUGGGUCGCUAUGGCGCCUCGACUAAUCCAGAUCUUUAUGUUUCUGUACUGGCUUCCUUGGGAUCCUUGCUAAGUUUGGGUUUCCUGAUUCUCCUUGUGAACAUUUACCGUCGUCCCAGCCUGGUGUUCUUGGUUCUAUUGGCAAUUAGUGGUGUGACGAUUUACGCGGCUACUUCCACUCAAGUCGGUUUCCCCUAUCGUGCUAAGACCAACGUGCAACGUGUGCCCUAUCUGCAAGUGCGCCGUACUUUCUACGAAUAUGACGGCACUGUGAGCAAAGAUGAGUCCGGCUAUCUUUUCAAUUUCCAAGAUCGUCGUAAGCAGGUUCCUUUUGAGGACUAUGUCAAUCUCACUGGAAUUGUUAGCCUGGAAGACGAUUGUGAUAAAUACAUGUUUUGUGGUGUUCCGCUAUACGACGACCGAUGGUAUAGUAGACGAUUGCAAGCUAUGUGGUUGCCCCGCGAAGAACCAAUCAUUCCACCAUCCAUACCAAGCCUGGAGCUCCUGAGUAAGACUGUUUUGUCCGACAAUACGACAGUCCGUUUGGAAUUCAAUCUAACUGGUCCGGAUCAUAUAAGUGUGUUUGUUCAACCCUAUGAGGAUGUGGCAAUUGGAAAUUGGUCGUUUAUCCGGACAAUGCUUGACGAUCCUACCACAUAUCCUGCUCCUUAUCACAUUUACUCCUCAUACGGCUCAAACGAUGCUCCGUUAAAUUUCUUCCUAGAACUGGAGAAACCAGAUGGUGACUUUGAUGUCCCACUCCUCCAGUUAGGAAUUUCAGGACACUUUAUUGGCAAUGAGGGGGACAAGCAGGCCAUUGAGUUUGCAGACUCAUUCCCACCAUUUUCGGCUUUGGUAGAAUGGCCAGCCUCCUAUCAUCGUUACAUUUACUAAAAUA